CUCGGGAGCCAAGGUCGAGAAGCUGAAGUUGAAGCAAUGGUUCUUCCGUAUCACGGAUUUCAAGGAGAUGCUCCUGAAGGAUCUCGACUCUUUGGCGGGCGGCUGGCCGGAGCGCGUUCUUUCCAUGCAGCGGAAUUGGCUUGGGAAAUCGCAGGGUGCCAAGAUCAAGUUCCCUGUGGCCGUCAAUGGCAAUAAUGGCACAGACAUCGAUAUCGAUGUCUUCACCACGCGACCAGAUACUCUUUACGGAGUCGAGUACCUCGCUCUUUCUCUGGAUCAUCCCAUUGUCCUGGAGGCGGCGAAGAAGGAUCCGGAACUGCGCAAAUUUCUGGAUACCGCCGCGUCGCUUCCGCCCGACUCUAAAGCUGGCUACAAACUGUCUACUGUCACUGCUUCCCACCCUCUGCAUGUUAUUGACAAGGAGAGCCCCCAUGUCGCCCGUCAGUUGCCUGUAUUCGCGGCGCCUUACGUCCUUAGCGACUACGGUGAGGGCGCAGUGAUGGGAGUCCCAGGCCACGAUGCUAGAGACCUUGCAUUUUUCAGAGAUAAUGUGAACCCCGAUUCCAUACCCGUUGUCGUUGGACCCCAAGGGGAAGCCGGGGCAGACGGUGGUGACGCGAGCAUCGUUCCCUCCGCGGAUGCAAAGGCUUUUACGCAAGAGGGAUAUUUGAACUCCUUGUGCUGGAAGUACGAGGGUCUUCACUCUCGCGAGGCCAAGAAGCAGAUCGUCACCGAUCUGAAGCAGGUGGGACGCGGUGACUUUGUCGAGCAAUGGAGGCUUAGAGACUGGUUGAUCAGCCGACAGCGCUACUGGGGGGCUCCCAUCCCGAUUAUCCACUGCGGCGAUUGCGGCCCUGUACCUGUGCCAGAUGAUCAGCUCCCAGUCAAGCUGCCCAAGAUUGAAGGGGACUGGCUGAAGGGCAAGAGAGGAAAUCCUCUCGAGUCAUCCCAUGAGUGGGUGAACACGAAAUGUCCGAGCUGUGGCGGGCCUGCUAAGCGGGAUACGGACACCAUGGACACCUUUGUCGACUCUUCAUGGUACUUCCUUCGUUUCUUGGACCCGAAGAACAAGGAACAGCCGUUUUCGCCGUCGGCUGCGCGCCCGGUGGAUGUCUACAUCGGCGGUGUUGAGCAUGCAAUUUUGCACCUGCUAUAUGCCCGAUUCAUCUACAAGUUCCUCUCCCAGUCCGAACUAUUCCCGGAAAUCGCUCGAGCUGGAAACGUUGCGACGCCGUUUGAACCAUUCAAGACUCUCCUCUCCCAAGGUAUGGUCCACGGCAGGACGUAUUCGGAGCCGUCUACGGGGAGAUUCCUGCACCCCUCCGAAGUGGAUCUUUCCAGCCCCGACAAGCCACUGAUCAAGGGCACCCAAAUCACGCCCAAUGUGUCCUUUGAGAAGAUGUCCAAGAGCAAGCACAACGGAGUCGAUCCGACCGGAUGUGCGUUGAGAUACGGUGCCGAUACUACUCGGGCCCAUGUCCUUUUCUCGGCUCCGGUCAGCGAGGUGCUGGAAUGGGACGAAACGAAGAUCGUGGGCAUUGAGCGCUGGUUUGGUCGACUCUGGAAGUUGGUGAACGAUGCGCAGCAGAGCCUGGCUUCGUUCUCGUUUACACUGCAGCCAGCCGACUUGAAAGCCACCUCCGGCCACGCGACCGGCUUGCCCAGCUCUCUACAGGAUCUGAGCGACAGUGAUGCGGACGCUGUGCUUGCCACCCACCGCACCAUUUCCUCUGUCACGAGCUGUAUUGAGAAAAAUCCAUACGGGCUGAACACUGUCAUCUCCGACCUGACCAAGCUGACCAACUCGUUGUCGUCGUCGACGCCCAGUUCACCGCAGGUCCUCUACCUAUCUAUUUCUUCCCUGCUCCGGCUGCUUUCGCCGAUCGCGCCCGCGCUGGCGUCCGAAUGUUGGGAGAUCCUCAAUGGUCCCGUGACUGCGGGGAAGCCAUCCACCAAUGUCCCCGCCAUCUUUGACUGUCCCUGGCCAACUCCUCUGCUGAAGCCCGAGGAGGCCGAUAUUCUGUCUGCGCGCGGUGGCCAAGUGGUCGCCGUCCAGAUCAAUGGCAAGUUGCGAUUUACGAUCACGAUCCCCCGGCGGCUCUCCCCCACGACCGCGCCCGAAGCUAGCGGCACGGUCACGGAGGAACAAGACUGGAUUAUCAAUCGGAUCUUGGAGACGGACGAAGGACAAUUCUGGCUGCGGAAGAAGAACGACUGGGACAAGCGGAGACGGGUGAUUGUCGUCAAGGGCGGUAAGUUGGUGAAUGUGGUGUUUUAGCGCGCAGGACCCUACAGUGUCUUGAAUCUCCGGUUGUUGUAAAAACAUUAAUCAUCCUCCCGGGGGAAAAGCGCAUGUAACUAUAGACUCAUGCAUGUAUAUUAGACAGAAGGCAACAAGACCGAAAAUAAAGUAACCAUCUCCCCUGAGACACUGACGAUCGCGAUAUAUCGACAGUCCUGACCCGUGAAGUCAGUAAGCCGGUCACUGUGUGAAUGUUUUUUUGUGUCGGUACUUUUUCCAACAAGAAUUCUGGGAGGCCGUUCGCCCGCCGAGGAUAGGCGCGCAUUUCCUAUUUCUCGAUCAGUCGAGCUCCGUGAGUCCGGAAGCCAUGGCUAAACCACCCAACAACAGUAAUCC